UAUAUUAGAUAAGGAAAUAAUCCAGGUGUUGUUACAAGGAAAGACCCAAUCUUGUGAGAAGCGAAAGGCUAAGGCAACAAGAACGGGAGAGGAGAAACCCCGGAGAGAGAGAGAGAGAGAGAGAGAGAGAGAGAGAGAGAGAGGGCACUCCUCCACUGGUAGCCCCAACUGGAAUUUCAAAGGAAAGGAAGGGUUCGCUGUGCCAAACUGCUAGCUCCAGUGGGUGUUAAAAGAACGGCAAUCCCCCAGUUGUUUCGUCGGAUUCCAUUAUCGGCGGUGGUAUCUUUUGGGUUUUUAGGAAGGGUCUGAGUUUUGGGACGGAGAGAAGGGAAAGGGGGUUUCAGAUGGAAGGAGAGUGUUGCUCGACUUCGAGUUCUUCGAGUACAGGAGGAGGAGGAAGGCGAAAGGGGGCAAAAGCAGAGAAGCCUUAUAGAGGGAUAAGGAUGCGGAAGUGGGGGAAGUGGGUGGCCGAGAUUAGGGAACCAAACAAGAGGUCCAGGAUAUGGCUUGGUUCCUACUCCACCCCUCUUGCCGCAGCUCGCGCCUACGACACCGCUGUCUUCUACCUACGCGGCCGUUCUGCUCGGCUUAACUUCCCGGAAUACUUCGUAGCUGAAGCUGAACUUCAAGACAUGUCCGCGGCCUCCAUACGAAAGAAAGCUACGGAGGUCGGGGCCAGGGUGGACGCCCUUGCAACAGGCGGCAACAAGACUUUCAAUCUCAGCUCUUGCAGUUCCACGCCUUCCAACAAGCCCGACUUGAAUCAGACGCCCAAUCCUGAAAGCUCAGAAGACGACGAUUGACGGGUCUGGUCUUGUCUUUUUUGUUCUGUCUGAAUCUGACCGGCAAGGUAACCGAAAGCCGGUUACUGAGGGUUGUGUUUCACUGGUGACCGCUUUGGAUACGCAGAUGGAGAGCUGUUUACUUGCGCAAGUUAGUCAAUCCUCGAAUUUCUUUCUUCUUUUAUUUUUCUCUGGUAAUCUUUUUUUUUUUUUGUGAAAGAAGAAGAAAAAAAAAGAAGUAUAUAUGAAUAGAAAGAUUUGGAACUUUAGAUCUCUUGUUGUUGAUGGUAUGCUGUUAGGGAACAGCACUGGCCUACCUCAAUUACUAUUGCCUUGAUUUAGUACAGUAGGAGAAGAUGGAAAACGAACACCAUAUAAACGAAAAAGAUUUAUAGAAGAGAAAAAAAAAAAGACUGGAGUUAGGUAUUUUCCUGGGAAGUAACCCGUUGUGGAUGUCGUGCUUGUGGACAUGAGAGAGAGAAAGAGAGAGAGAGGACUGGGUGGGCGUGGUCCUCAGAGAGAGAUUCCUAUCUGGUGGUCCGCUGAUGAUCUUUUUGCUUGGUUUUGUGGGUUCUCUCUCUCUCUCUCUCUCUCUCGCGCGCGCGUGUCCAAUCGUCCUUGCAUUCUAAAUUUCUAAUAAUUCGUUGUGAUAUAUUCGGUAUGGACGGCCGAAGUAGUGGUGUGGACUGUUUUUCUGUUCCUUGUGGACGGUUUUUCUUUCUUUCUGGAUCCUUCUUUAGUUAUAUUACGGCAGAAAAAAACAAUUACAUGUAUCAUGUAUGCGGCUGCUUCACUCAGUGGAAUCCAAUGAAGUUUUUUUC